GCACGCGCCGUGCAGUCAGAAACGAAACAAAUCUGUCUGCAGCGAACAGAAUGGAUUAGUCUCAUCAUAGAGUGUUCACACAUAGCUUCAGACAAGACAAAGUAGGCCUCCAUGAAUGUACAGUACAACAAAUGUACGACCGAGUUUCCAGGUUGAACCACUUAAACGAUUGUCUUGAAUGAUCCCGCACAACUUGACAUAAUCGUCACAGAGACGAAAGGUACCGUGCGCCUGUGACUUUUUCAGUCUGUCUGCGGCAGCGGAGGGAGAGAUAGGGAGUUGGGACAUGAUCAUUAUAGUAUAGUUACCCAGUAGACUAGAUUGCUAUACUGUCGUGAACUGCCUGUCUACAUUGUUUGAUAUCAUUUGGUGAUUGUGCUUGGCAUUCAUGUUUAAAGAAAUUCUACAGACAGCGACUGUUGCAAAACCCAAACCGUGACCCCUUGGAGAACCACGCUCACAAGCCAGAACGCUAAUUACUGUGUGCUUCCUGUGGCAAGAAUUGACCCGGAUCAUCAGUCGUCAGUGGCAUUUGCACAGCGUCCUCUGCAUCUCUUUAUGACAACUUAGGCUCUCUCUCUCCCUUUUGUCCUUUCCAAGAUAACGCUAUCGUUUCGUAUAUUUAUAUCUUACACAAGCAGGUCACCGAUCGCUAUUGGAGACUGUUUAUCAACAGUGGAUAUGGUAAGCCCAAAAGUACAGUUAUAGCUGUGCUGAGAACUAGACUAGGAACACUCAUAACUCUGUCGCAAGGGGAAGCGGAACGAAUUCAGUACGCUCCUGAAAGUGCAAGAGGAAGGAACGAUUAUAGUAACCCACCUCUAAACUUCCCAAAGUGAAGGACUAUGCCAGUUUGAGUUCGUAGAGAGGAUGUUCUCCUUUACCCGUGUGUUUAUGGGCAUGCGGAAGAGUAAGACAGAACAUUCACCAGAGGGAUUUUACAGCAACAACAAUGUGGCUGAGGCUUCCAAGAAAAAGAAAAGGUUGUUUAGCUUCAAUGCCGGUAAAGACCAAAAGGUGCAGCCCAAAGGGUUAGUGAAAAAUGGUGUAUCAUCUCGAAGUAACGAGCGUAACGGGUCGAAAUUCUCUGCCGAUCAGAACGUUAUUUUCAAAAGUCGCCCAGUGGAAAAUCGGAGAGUAGAGACUCGUGAAGAAGUGGAGGAAGCAGUGAAAGAACUGGAAGAUCGCAUUGCUGGCACGAACGAACUGAAGAAGAAGCCACUUGCUUAUGAAAUAUUCGAAGACCUCCCAGUGUCUCGUCGUCAGUACCACAUCGAUGGCGCGAGCUUCACGUCAGAGCCGUCUCUGAACACGGCCACCUCUUACGCAAGAGGCCCCAGCAACAGCAACAACAACAACAACAGCAAGAAUAAUAAAAACAGCGUAAACCACAACAAUAACAACAUGGUGCACAACAACAACAGCAGCAAGAGUAACAAGAAGAAACAGCAGAAACUACAAGAGCAACAACAACAACAGCAACAGCGAGAAUUGAAGCGUCAAACGCAGUAUUCUGGUUCAGAUUAUGACCUUCUAGACAAUGAAGAGAAGAAAAGGGGCUCUGGAAUGUUUUCCGACCUCUUGCGGCGAGAUCCGAAGCACAGUUUCCUCGGUAGUCACCAAAGCCAAGGGAUGCGCCCUCAGAGAUCUGCCUCCGAGGUGAUCAGGAAUGAGAGGCUUGCUGGGUACGUUCCGCGCGCUGUCAGUCUUCACGACGCUUCAGCUAUGCUCUUUGGUCAGGACAAGGAAGACAAUCCUCCAAGCUACUCCCACGUCGUCCGGUCUUUAGACAGAUUUGCGCAGGCUCCGUCUGCAUAUUCAGAUUACGACAACGACGAUGAUGAUGAUGACGACGACGAUGAUAUUGAAAACAAUUUCUUUUCACGAUCUCAAAACCCACGUCGUGAGAAGCCUGCUGCCCUCCCAGCUCGGAGUCAGAGCGUGCUUGACGACAGAGGUCGGCUGGGAAGGAUCCACGAGUUGAGCUCUACCACCGAGGCUCUCGUCGAGCUCAGGUCCAGCAGGGGAAGAUCUCAAACAGACAGCAACUUCUCUCGGUCUGUCGCCGGGACUGGCAACGAAAACUUUUCCCUGUCAUCUCGCGGAGACGUGUCGUUGUUCGGCGGAAGUUCUCGUCAAGUGAACAACUUCUCCCUCAGUACCCCGGGCCAGCUCCUACACGACAGACCUUCCUCGACCCAGGCAGGCGUGCUCAGAGAGUUGAGAGAAGAAGAGCCGGCCAACGGCAGCCUGUCUGGUUCUCUCGCCGGCAAACAUGGCUACGCCAGCAGAAGGAAAUACAACCAUGACAACGACGAUGACGACGACAGCGCUCACGUGGAGACUCUGCUCUCAAAUUUUGACUACCUAAACGACAACGGAGCUGAUGUAGAUGAUGAUGACAGUAACGUUCUUCAACAUUUUGAAGGAAACUUCAAUACAGACGAUGAGGUCCUUUAUUAGAGAAAUUAGGGAAAUGUUCUUAUUCCAAUCUAAAGAAGGAGGGAAUAACGACUAAAACAACAAGGAGCAACGGAUGGCAAUCCGCUAAAAAAGCAAAAUAAUCGUGUAAGAUUAUUAAUUUAUCUCUCUUUUGUUAUCUUUCUUCGAGUUAAGAAACUGAGUGCUCUGCCUUCAAAGUGGUCAACAGUUUGUUGAAUUGAAGACAAAUAAACCAGGACAAGAAUGACGCUUCUAUUCGCAAUGUAAACG